GUAGCUGUAUCCUCACAAGCAAGAGCAGCAUUACGGUCAAACUGUGGCGAUAUAAACCCAACAUUUAGAGACUUAAAGCACAUUUUAAACAACAAAAGGAUCCCUGAAAGCAUGGCGUCCCUCCUCUUGAAGCACCUGGCUUCCUCCCUGACCCGACGGGUGGCCCAGAUGAGCCGGUUAAAUCUGACCUUCUCUUCACCAGCAGCGAGCGCCUACAGAAGUCUCUGCAGCCUCUCCACAGCUCCACACACGCUCCUCCUGCCGUCGACCAGAGUCAGCUCCAUCCAGUGCUGCUCGUCUCCGUGUGGAUCCUCUCUGUUGGGACAGUGUCAGCAUCUCCCCUGCAGCCAGCCCUCUGCAGGCAUGAAGACCAGGUCUGCCCUGAGGAAGCGCUGCAACGACUGUUUCUUUGUCCGGCGGCGGGGGCUUUUGUUUGUUUACUGCAAGACUAACCCGAGACACAAGCAGAGGCAGGCAUAACAUGAUAAAGAAAAUUGCUUUAAGAUUGUGGGAAUUUUGAAAAACUGUGAUGUGAAAUAAAUUGUUUGGCUAAAGA